CUAUAGUUUUUUUUUCAUUGUCAUUUUGAAUUUUAUUUUGAAUCGACUUUGAACUAUUGUUACGGUUGUUAGUGUUGGGUUUUAUUCAUCAUGACAAACCAAACCAAUAAAAAUGGUUUUUUCCAUCGAUUCUAUCUCAUGUUAUUGUUUCAAUUUCAAUCAUUACUUGAAACACAGGCGAAUUUCCUAAACAAUAUUGGUGUUUAUCGAAGAAAACGAGCAAAAUUACCCGAUGAUAAUGAAGAACGAUUAACCGGACAAACAGUAGUAAUAACUGGUGCAAAUUCUGGUAUCGGCCAACAUACAGCACGGAUAUUUGCCCAAUUAAAUGCAAAUGUUUUUAUGCUUUGUCGUGAUCUAAAUAAAGCUCGUAUUGUUUGUGAUGAAAUUCGAAAUGAAAUUAAUCAAUUAAACAAUAAUGUUACGAAAAAUCAAAUAGAAUUAAUACAAUUAGAUCUAUCAUCAUUAGAUUCGGUACGAAAAUGUGCAAAAGAAUUGAAUGAAAAAAUUGAAAAAAUCGAUUAUCUAAUUAAUAAUGCUGGUAUUAUGAUGUGUCCAGAAUCAAAAACAAUCGAUGGAUUUGAAUCACAAUUUGCUACAAAUCAUCUUGGUCAUUUUUUACUUACUAAUCUUUUGAUGGAUAAAAUUCAACGAUCAUCAUCAGCAAGAAUUAUUAAUCUAGCAUCAGUAGCACAUAUGCCCGGUACGAUUCAUUUUGAUAAUAUUAAUCUUGAUAAUGGUGCUUAUACACCAUUAAAAGCAUAUGCACAAAGUAAAUUGGCAAAUGUUUUGUUUACAUUGGAAUUGGCAAAAAAACUUCAUGGUACAAAUAUUCGUGUAUAUGCUGUACAUCCGGGUCUUGUUAACACUGAACUUGGUCGUCAUCUUAAUGGUUUAACAUUAUGUUUAUUAAAUUUUUUUCGUCGAAUGAUAUUGAUUAGUCCAGAAUUAGGUGCACAAACAACACUUUAUUGUGCAUUCGAUUCGAAUAUUAUGAAUGAUUCGGGUGGUUAUUUUGCAAAUUGUCGUCGAAUCAAAAAUAUGGUAAAAAAUGCAACCAACAUUGAUGUUGCUGAACAACUUUGGGAAUUAAGUUGUAAAAUGUGUGGAAUUGAUAAUAAUUUUAAAUCAAUUUAGCAAUCAAAAUAACAUUUUUUCCGUUUUUUUAUUAUUAUAA